AUGAUUAGCUUUGUGAGCCCCAAUUACGAGGACGAGGUAGAAGCAAAAAUCACGCACGUCACAGAAAUCAGGUAUUAUCCUCCUAGUGGUCGCGCAAGGGACAUGGGAUGUCUGAGGAGCAUGUAUGAGAAGCAUAAGGCCGCCAUGCUCCCCCUUAGAGACAACGAGAAAGGGCUCAAGAAGUAUAUCGAGGAACAACGGGAGAUCCUUAGCGGCUAUCGAAGGUUCAUUUCUGCAUUGCGGCGAUGGGAAGACAACUACCCUGGAGACAAGGUCGCAUACGCGGACCAAAAACGAAGAGAUCAAGAGUUAAUAUACAUGUCAUAUCUGGAGAAACUUGGCUUCAAGGACGAGGCGGAAAUGAUGGGACUCAGUGCCCUCCAGACUCUUCCACGAUUCAGGAAUUGGGAAAAAAUCACACCCCAAGUAAUCGAGAUUAUGACCGAAGUCCGCGAGACCCUAGCCAAGAAGAGCAGGGACGAAGCAAUGGCGCUUGCGAAACGAAAGAAGGAAGAGUCGAUACAGAUGCGUCUCGCCCAUUUAAACGCUGUCCGCGAGUAUUAUGUGCUGCGCCAUCGACAUGAAAUUGUCCCGAAUGUAGUGGACCUCGCCAUCGCCGAACCGUUCUUCUCCCUCAUCACUGGCACUCCAUAUGACGAGCCGGUUACCUCGAAGGAAUUCAUUCCUCUGCUGGAUCAUAUUCCCAGGAUCUCGCAGGAAUGGCGCGAAGCUGCCAUGGACCUGCUAUUGGGAUUGAUGGCUCAGCCCUCCGGCUCUGGCGGUACCCUGAACAAGGGAAAAGAGAAGGACAAGCGAUUUUCUCCUGACCGCUCUGUUCUGGACAGGGCAACAACCUUCUUCAGCUGCAUCUGGUGCACGGAGAUUCUUGCCUACCCUACAGUUCUUACCCAUCCCUGCGUAUCUCAAAAACGUAGGAGCACGGCAAAAUCCGACGACAGGGGCGCUCCUUCUGAUUCGGGGGAUUUCUUUCUAAACUACUGGGAUGUGACCAUCUGGAACAGAAGUCACGACCAACUCGAGUACGAUCACGAAACGUCAGAAUGCGCAAAGCACCUGGUCACACUGUGCGGAAAGGACCCGGCCUCACUCACACUCGAGGCGAUGGACCAACUCGACGUCAGGUUCGAGUGUUUGCGCUGUCAUAAACCCAACUUCAAGGAAGGGCGUCUGGUAAUGAAUUGGAGAAACGCACUCAUGCACGAGUUCAAAAAACAUUCCGAGCAGGAUACAUUCAAGACCGGAUGGCUGCUUCUCUCCGACGAGGACACCGUCACUGCCAAGGCCAAGGAAGUCAUAGCAGCACAAAAAAACGGAUUAAACGUCCCACCUCAAUACUACUGCGUCGAAUGUAGCUUCAGCCACAUUGAAGAUGGCCAAAUAUUCUAUCCUCCUGGGCGAUAUCCUCCGCCCCUGAAAGGACCGGAUAGUAAGUGUAGCAGAAACCACGACAUGUCCCAUGGGGUCUUUGAACAGCAUCGAUAUCCUAGGAAUGUUAAGGUUGCUGGUUUCGUAGGCGAUACCCUCCCUGUUAAGAUUUAG